AUGGUCGUCCACGUCGCCUCGACCCCGUCGAGCGGCGACAAGCCUCGCUCGAUGAAUCGUUCCUGCAUCCAAUGCCGGGAGCGCAAGAUCAAGUGCGAUCGUCUCGAUCCUUGCAAUCAGUGCAUCGCCAAAGGGUCCGCAGACGAGUGCAAGCACGAGCUGCGAAAGAAGAGGGCAAAGAACAAGCGCCCCUUUCCCAAACGAAAGAGCCGACUCAGCAUCGCAUCUUCGGCCACUGCCCGCGAAUCCAGUCGACCCGUCUCAUCAUGGGCGGAGGGCUCUAUGACAACCACGUCGCAGCACAGCGAAAGCGGCCGCACACCUUCCACCAGCUCGGGCCAGAUCGUGACGCCCAACACGUCGUCUUCGGCCCACGAUUUCGGCUACUUUGCCUCAUCCGCCAAGGAUGCUACGGCCCGUGUCGCCUCCCCUUCCCGUCUCGAGAAUCAAAACAACGCGCUCGAAGAAACAGACGACGAGAGUGCUAGCGACGAGGACGACUCGGACCGCGAAAGCACGCUACAACCUGAUGAUCGACUUCACGUGCUCGAGGCCAGUCAGCUAGUGCCAAUAUACAGUGCACCUCACUAUCGAUGUCCAUUUGCGCUCAAGGAUGUCUAUGCUGAUUGGCGUGCCAUGUCCGUCGACCAACGACGCUCGCUGAUCACCGACGUCCGCGAUGCUCUUCCGUCUUUGCCGCAAACCCUGCAUCUGCUUCACGACGUCUAUGUCAAGCGUCUCCAUUCUCUGCACGGCAACGUCGUCCACAUCCCCACAGUGCAAGUAGUGUUGACCGAACUUCUGGACGACUCGGCGUUCGAACAGCGCGAGCGAUACGCAUUUGGCUACAUCACCACCGCUCUCAUGGUCAUCUUUUCAGCGCUCCGGUUCGCCCCCCUCGACCGCACCUACACCUGGGCCAGGUCUGGAACCGCCCACCCGCACGUGGAGCCGCUCGGGCAGAAGGAGAUUCGUCAACGACAACGCAAGAUCUUUGCGCUCGUCAAGCGCAUCCAGCGCUUCGAAUCCACCUACACCUUUGGCUCGAUUCCAGAGUUGCAGACCGCCAUCCUCAUGCUCGAAUCAGGCAAAGGCUCGCGUCCCUUCCUCGACUCGCUUGCGGAUUGUGCGAUCCGCUCAGCGAUGCGGAUGCGUAUCCACCGACUCGGCUCCUUCGAAAGACUUCAUCAUCCGAGCGCUCGUCCGACGCAGGUCAUGACAGGCGAAAUGGCUGUACGCUGCUGGUGGGCGCUUGUGCGUCGCGACUGGAGUCAGAGCAGCAAACACCGUACCUAUCGCAUCUCUUCGCAGCAGUUCAACACUCGGCAGCCCUUGAACCUCUUUGACGACGAGCUGAUGGCGAUCCCUUGUCCGCGGUCACAUCUACGGUCCACUAGGACGUACGUCAGCUACUCGUAUGCCAUGAUCGAUUUCGCGCUCUUGACGAGGACGCUGGUGGAUCAGGUCAAUGCCCAGUUGGAUCUGGACGACGGGCCUGAAUCCGCUACUGGCUGGGGGCUCGCCUCUGUUUAUGGUCAGCGUCUCUCAGCACCGCAGCGACACUCGCUCGAUCAAAUGGUCCAAUCCCUCAUCGCCGCAUUUCCCGCUCACUACUCGCUCGAAGCGCGAUACGACGACAUCAGUAUGGUCGACAUCGAACGGUGGCUGCUGCAUCAACGCCUCUUCCAUCACUUGCUGACGUUGCAUCUGCCUCUCGUGUCAGAAGCCACCCGUCCGCACGGCAGCCUGAUGUACAUGGCCAGUCAUAUCCUCGACAUUCAGGACAAGGUGACCGACAUUUGCACGCGACUCGACAACUCGUAUCUCAAAACACUGCAGACCUUACGCGCAUGUCUGGUGCUGCUGUUGGACCUGUUCUUCGGCGAAGCGCCCGCAAGUAUCAGCGGGCUGUCGCGACUGAUGACGCGGAGGAAGAUCACCGCUGCUCUGGACAAGAUCCCGAUCGACGUGUUGUCCAGCACUACAAAGCUCUGCGUUCAGCUUGUUAAGCUGUUGAUGAGCUUGGAGGAGCGACGUUAUCAAGGGCAGCUUGAGCCGGCAAGCCUGGGCGAGGAAGGGCUUUCGACACCCGAUCAGUGCGGCGCGGUGAGCCCUGCGGCCGCGGAUCUUGUCACCCUGGACGCCGCUGGGCUGCGCAAUCGAUGGCAUUCCACUUGCCAGUUGCUCGACGUCCUCCUCAACGACGGCUACUGGCGAUCUUUCCGCAAGAAACUGCUUCAGCUCGACCAUCUCAUUCCGGAAUGGCUUCAGAAGCCGGUGCACGAAGAGGGUCUUUCGCUGCAGCCUGUCUCGCUGGAUCCGCCGUCGCUACCCACGGUAUUGUCACUGCCGACGGGCUCGUACGCGUCCGAGAUCGAGCGUGCGUUCGCGGCAGACGCAUCGCAAGACGCUCUCGAGCCGACAGCGAACAACGGCGCGCCGAACUUCUCGCUCGAUCCAGAGCUAUUUGGUGAUUUUGAUCUGGCCGGCUUCGAUGCACAGCAGCCGCAGUUCGAUAUGGACCUGCUCGGUCAUCAGGACUUCGAAGGCUACGGCAACGCAAGCCAGUCGAUCGACUUUGCGAAGCUACUCAUGGAGUGGCGGAUUGACGUGCCGCUCAGCUAG